GCUCCUUAAUGAUUGGUUGUGGCAGCCAACCUUGCAGGGAGGCCCCUCAUGCCAGUCUUUGGGGAUUUCGUCAAUUACGUCUUGAAAUUAUCUUGCAAACUGUAUCCAGGAUACACCGAGCUCCCUGGAAAAGCCAGCCAAUGACAGCAGGGCGGCAUCCCGAUUGCAUAACCUCGGUAGAUGAGGAGUCCGUGCUUUCAAUAAGAGGCAGUCACUCGUCUCUCAGAAGGGCAGAUGGAAGAGAAUGAUGGAUGGCUAACUGUAUUUUAACAAACUCCGGAUCUCUACCAGCAACUUUUGGAGUUUAAACACGGAAUUCAAAGAGUGGUUGAGGAGGUCUAACAUGGAACCAGUGGAGAAAUGGCACAAAGAUUUGCUCGUUCUCAAGCUUCUGGACAAAAAGUUGAACUCAACGAAAAAUGGGACUACAGGCUCAUGCCCAAAUUUGGUAAUGAGUAGAAGUGAUCGACCAGACUGCAAGCAUAUAACCAUGACAUCUACUCCAAAGCUUCCUGUUCGAUCACACAGGCCUCUCUGUUUGUCUGUCUCAUCCGAUGGCAAUGGGAGAUAUGUGGCUUUGGAAUCCCAGGAUUUUAAAAGCAGCCUGAAAUCCCAGAUGGUAAAGGCUGAUACCACUAGAGCUUGUAGCAGCACUGGUUCUCUGGAGAGAGCUUCCCUCUUUUGCGCUUCUGGGUCAAACACAUCCACCUCAAAUUUAUCAGGUUCCAAUGAAACACUGGCUAAAAUUAAAUCAUCCAGCAGGUUCUCCUUAUUUUCACCCCCAUGGAACAGCAGCUCAGAAUCAGACUCCAACCCUCCUUCAAGGUCUGGGUCCAAAAAACUGAAGAACCACAGUCGCAAAUCCUUAAGCAAAACAGACAGCCCAAAGGACUGCAAACAGAGCAUUCCUGAGCAGCUGCAGUACACUGAACCAGUCAUUGCUAAGGUAACGGACUACAUUUAUGUGGGGAACCUCAAUGCGGCCUACAGUGGACGUAUCCUGUGCAAGAACAACAUAGACAGCAUCAUCGAUAUGAGCAACCUCCCUGGAGAGUUGAACAUGUGUUUAAUUCCAUGCACCUGCUCCAGGAAUGUCAAACACAGUUGGUCCCGUCUCAAGGUUGACAUCAAUGACUUUUCAAAUGACGACGUUUUCCCUUUGAAACAACGAUGCUUUGAAGACAUUAAUGAGUGCAUCAAUGCUUCAACAGAGAAACAGAAACGUGUCCUGAUUCACUGCCGGGAUGGGUAUUCCCUGGCACCGACUUGUAUCAUACAGUACCUCAUGCAGAAGCAGAACAUGCAGCUUAUGACUGCAUAUGAAUUUGUGAAAGCCAAGUACCCUCUCAAUAUCAAGGAAUGCCACCAAAAUCUUUUAGUAACACUUGAGAAGUCUUUGAGACCUGGGAACACGAACCCUGAGUGUUUUAAACAAGCCCUAUCCCGAAAGAUGGCUUGGACCUAAUUUGAUACUUUCAUUGCUAUUAAAAUCAAUGCCUUAAAAUUUUGCUCUCAAUUUCCAUUAGUUAAAACUUAGAAACCAUAGGAAAGUUUGCUCUGCUUGAAUAUGCUGUUUGAGAUACAAACCCAGGACAAACUAUUUCCUUCCUGCACCAUUUCUGUACAUUUUUAUAAGCCUAUCAUUUCGCUUUCUGUGUUAAGUUCUUGUAUUAAUGUUUGGCUUGAUUUUCCAAAUGGUAAACUGUAUCAGUAACAGGUUUCUUGUAUUAAAUAUAAGUUAAGAUUAAAACUUCAGAUAAGACAAGGAAACUGAGAUAUUUAAAACAUGAAAACUGUCUUGUUUUCAUCAUGUUUGGGUCCCAUUAAAAUACAGGUUCUGAUCGUGGGCCAAUAAUUAUUGAGUGUGAUGCAUAUUCACAGGCCACAGUUACCUGGCUGGCUGUGCAUAAUGUUCUACUCAGGAAGAUAGGAGUUUGGAAUAUGAGAUUCACAGAAAUAUAGAAUGCAAUACUAUAAGUGAGUAUACAACUCAAUGAUGAUAUAAGAUUGUAUUGUCUCUGAAUGUUGCAUUGUUCUGGAGUUGUAAUGUGACUUUAGCAAUGUCCAAGCAAUGCCAGGCUGCCUCCUAGAGUUGGUCACAGGAUGUUUGAGCUGUGUACAAGUUGGAGUCAAAUUAUUGGUUUCAGUGCCACCCCUACAUCAUUAUGCAUCUGAAACCUUUGGUUUAAAAUUAUAUGCCAUCGCCAUGAUUUACAUAAGGCUGAAUUUACUUUGAACAUCACCUCUAGGUGGCUCAAAGAUAUAAGAAGACUGGUGUCAGUCUCCAAACGAUGGGAAAUAGCUGCCCGAUAAAAUUUGUAAAAUAAAGGUGCCUAUGUGUUAGAAUAAAAUUAGUCUGUUUUAUUAUUUUCCUGGCACCUCACUCUUUCUUCCACUCCCUCUGGGGGCUGUCAGUAUUUCUCCAGCCUUCACGUCACUUCCAGGCUGAAAACGAGUUGGUUCCCAAUGCAAAUUCCCUUCACCAUCCUCCCAGUGCGUGCUUCCCUCACCUUGCUCCUGGUAUAGGCUUCUCCCAUCCCGCUCCCACUAUGAUGUCGUUGACCACCUCUGACACAGACUGUAUUACAUUGUGGAUAAUCAUCCAUUUACAUAAGGUGAAUUCUACUCCAUGACCGAAGUUUAACUGGAGAGAUAUACCUAUGCAUCACUGAUGCCAGUUUGCCUUGUCCAAGGGUGACUAAGCAAACUCUAGGUUUUUUUUGUCAUUUACUGUAACAAUACAGUUUUUCCUUUCCCAACAAUCCAGGCAUGGGACGAGCUCUCAGCUCCCUUGCAGAGUGUGUCAGAACCACGCAUGUUUCUCCUGGCCCUCACAGAUUUGCAAGUGGUACUUAUCUUGUGGAGUUGGAAACACCCAUCUACCUUUCAGUUUGCCACGUUUCUCAAUGCUGCAUUUUGUUGGGAUCCUGAUUAAAAUAUAACACUUAAUUGUCCCACAUCUCCACUGUGGGGUGCUCAGAUGUCCCAACACCUGCUGUUGCGUUAAAAUAGCAGGUAUGGUCAGCAGUAUGAGGAUGUAUUGACCAUCCUUGUGACCCUCUGGAGCCCAUUACAGGUGGUGGGUUGGUUAAUAUCAAAGUCAUUUUAUUUGAAAGUCUCUGGAAUUCCUUGAUCUUGUGCUAAAACAUAUCUGCCUGAUUAUAGGAUUGGAGUAAUUAGCCUGGAAUUUAGACUGAAGGUGGGUGUGUAUAGUUGUAAGGUAGAAAAACCUAGAAACAACAGUUUCCUGACAUCUUGUAGAUUUUAAGUGUAGGGGUAUUUAUUUUUUAUAGGGUUCCCACAUCUACAACAGACUGAUUGACAGGCUAGUGGCUGAGCAGGUGAGAAGCCUCCUUAGGCCAAUGCCCAGGAGGAAGGUAGUGUAUUGAGGGAGUGAAAGUGUUUACAGACCCUCCUCCACAAAGGGAGGCAUCCAGGACCAUUAGCGAGGUUACAAACCAUGGAGUGGGGAUGGUCUCUGGGAGAAGAGCAAUGGAGAAGGUGUGCUGUUUGGACUGGGAAGGAAGCAGUUCCAUGAACUCAGUGAAGUAUCCAUUGGUAAGCUAGGGGUAGCUGAUUUUGGAAGAUUGGUCUAAUUGUAAUCCUGUAUGGUGGUCCCAACAGUGAUGGAUGGCUACGAUGUUCGGCUUGGAGGAGCAGAGAAAUUAUUAGGGAAGUAUUUAUAGGGUAAUAUUUUGUAAACAUUGCUGCUACACCUAGUCUGCAAGUAAAGACACUUAGCUCCUGGAUUCACAGUUCCAUUGAACUGCCAAAUUUUUUGAGGCCUGGGAAAUCCUGUAGUCAAAAAUAGAUUGAUGUUAAAAUUAAGCUUGUGACCUCAUUAUAACGUUCGAUUUGCGAAUACCAUUUCUACAUGGGUUUCUCUCCCGUUUCUCACUCCACCCACUUUAAACUGAAACUAGAUGUGUUUCAUCCCUGUUCAAGAUUGUUUUGUAUUUUAACAUCUUGCAUGAUUCCAACUUUGUUUGGAAAUUAAGAUUCAGCCCAUUGUCCCUGUAGCAAUAAUUUGUUAGCAAGGAAGAAAAUGCUGCCUUUAUAUCGCACUUCUCACAACAUCUACACAGCCAAUGUUUUUGUAAUGCAGGAAAUAGGGCAGACAACCCGUGCACAGCAAAAUCCCACCACCAUCAAUGAGAUAAUCACGCAGAUCCACUGUCGGUCUCAGAAGAUCGUUUUUAUUUCGAAAAAAUAAGUGUACUUUAGUCAUAAUUUGGUAAAGUUUCCUUCCAUUGCAUUUUAAAUUUAACAGUAUAUACAGUAAAUGUAGUCCACAUUUUUCAACAAAAUAUUUUUCUUCAGAGGGUCAUGAGUUUUGGGACUCUCUUUCUUAGAGGCAGAUUGAUUGAUUGAACAUUUCAAAGGCAAAGGGAGGCAGUGGUUUUCAGUGAUAGGAGCUGGUGAAGUUGAGGCUAUAAUCAGAUUAGCCAUGAUCUUGUGGCAGACUGGAUCGAGGGAUCAAAUGGCCCUACUACUAUUGCUAAUUCCUGUGUAGAGCAGGAACGUUAAAAUUGUCUCAGGUGUGUAUGGUUGACAGAGAUUUGCACUCUCUGAGGUAAAUUACCUCUCUUUCAACACUUCCAGGGUUUUUUUUUUACCUUUUUUAACUCAAUCUUAGUAAAUUUAACAGCCAUUUUGGGGAAUAUCAAAAUAAGAAAGAAAAAAAAACUUGCUAUUAGUAAAGAUCCCAACUACUUUGCUAUUAUUGACUCUUUUUUGCAUUAUUAUGAACUGCAUUUCCAAUUUUCAUUCCCACAUACCUGGUUCCAUGGAGGUUUAUAGAGCACUGUUCAACUGUUGAGGAGGGAAGGCACUAAAUAGUCAUACUUUGUAGCACUUUAACAUGGAUAUGUUAGGAAAGAAUCAUUAAAUUUUGCCUAAUAAGGUAGAGUAGCUCAAAUUGAGUCUUUCUCAAAAAGUCACUCCACAUAAGGAGUGGUGGGUUUAGCAUGAGCCACUGUAAUGAAAGCGUAAGAGUGUGCUGCAUUUCCAGAAACCAAAAUAAGAAAGUUAUAUAUUCUCUAAUGCGACCUAUUCCCAUACAUUGCAUUCAAGGAAGGAAUGGACCUAAGCACCAACAAUGCACAAGCCUCCAUCAGGCGUAGCCAGCAUAGAAAAUACAAAAAUGUCACAGUGCGCUGAAUUCUGAGGUAGGGCAGAAUAUAGGAAGCUUGGAUCUCUAGUGAAACAUGAUAUGCUUGAUUCUCUGUUCAGAUCCUUCACCAUGUACAGCACAAAAUUUGUAAACAAUAAACAAUUUAUGUAAACUGUUAAAUAUGAAAAAAUAAAAAUGAUUGCUGAAA